GCUAAUCACAUGGAAGUAUUUCCAAUUCUGAUUGGUUUUUAAAGUUAUUUGUAAAUUUUUGCUUUGGGUUUACGUUAAUGUGUCAAGAAUAAGUUAAUGAAAUAAGAUUUGUUAUUAGUUGUUUGGAUUUUGCAUGUUGAUUUGGUAAGAUCAAAAAAAGGAAAAUGACUGGAAGUUCUAAAUCUGUAAAGAAAGCCAUAGAAGAAGCUCAAAACAAACAGUUUGAAGAAUUAGACUUGCAAGAUAAAGGAAUAUCUACAUUAGUUGACUUUCCACAAUUGAUGCAAUUACGGGACUUAACUAUUCUUACAUUGAGUCACAACAGAUUACAAAAAAUUCCAGAUGCUAUAUCUAACUUAACAAGCUUAGAGAAUUUAAACUUGUUUAAUAAUGAAUUAGAGAUGUUACCAACAACUCUUUGUAACUUACCGAAGUUGAAGUUUUUGAACUGUGGUAUUAACAAACUAAAAGAACUGCCAAAAGGUUUUGGAGCAUGUCCACAGUUAGAAGUACUUGACCUUACUUAUAAUGAGUUAAAUGAUAAUUCUUUUCCUGGAAACUUUUUUUACCUUGCUCCAUUACGUGCACUAUAUUUGGGAGAUAAUGAGUUUGAAGUACUACCGCCAGCUAUAAAGAAUCUGACUAAUUUGCAAGUGCUAGUUGUUCGAGACAAUGACUUGAUCAGUAUUCCAAAAGAAAUGGGUGAAUUGACAAAGCUCAAGGAGCUUCAUAUCCAAAAUAAUCGCUUACAAGUGUUGCCUGUAGAAAUAGGCAGCUUAGACUUGAUCAAUCCUAAACAUGUGUUCCGUGCCGACAAUAACCCUUGGAUUCAAGAAAUAGCUGAUCAACUGGUGUUGGGUACAUCACAUGUCUUAAAUUACUUAAAAUCUGAUGGAUACAAACGCCGUUAUCAGGAACAUCUUGAUCAAAAACGUCCUCCUCCACCGAAAAAGGAGCGAGCCAAAACUUUGAAAAAAAAGAAGUAAACAAUAUAAAAUGAUUGUAAAAUGGAAACAGCAAAAAAAAUUUGAUGGUUUGUCUUCAACGGAAAAUUGUUUUAAGAUUUUAAGAUCAGUUUUUUUUAGUCGUUUAAGUAUUGUUCGUCAUUAAAGUUUUCUAAGCGAAUAAAUAUUUUCUCAUAUUUUUCUCUAAUGAAAUUUUUCUCUAAUGAAAGAGCGCUAAUAAUUCGACAAACGAAAUAGUUAAAUGCUAAAAUAUUCAAAUGUUUUUUGUAUGUAGCACAAUUUUUAUAAGAAAUACAAACGUUUAUUGUA